AAGAUCUUGGCGGCGCUCCGCGAGGAUACAGUUUCGAGGCUCUCUCGAUACCACAGUUUCUGGAGAUCCGCUAGCCGUGUACGGAGACUUCCGAACUUUUGAAAGACACAGCUCGACGUUCCUCCGACUUUCACUCCGAGAGCCUAACGUCACGCAUCAAAAUUCAUUUCGGAACAGUAGAUAUGGCUAGAGACAGUUUGGACAUGUCGGGGUCCGACUCGGACAGCUCGAUUCUAGACAGCAUACCCGACGGGUCGGUUCGUCUGGCAUCGAAUUUUCAAGGCCCGACGAUCCACCUCUUGUGGAGAGCGACCUCUCACAAGUUCGAGGACAGAAUCAUUCCGCUAAGUAAACCGGCUAAAGUUGGCCGCUCCGUCGCCAAACUGAAACCUUGUCCGCACAACGCUAUUUUCGACUGUAAAGUUCUGUCACGGAACCAUGCGAUGAUUUGGUUCGAAAACGACAAGUUCUAUAUCCAAGAUACGCAAAGCUCAAACGGAACAUUCGUCAACAAUGAACGAUUGUCGAAAGGCUCCGAGGAAUCGCUGCGAAGGGAGAUCUACUCCGGGGACGUGCUGCAGUUUGGGGUCGACGUCAUUGAGAAUUCGAAGAAAGUCACACACGGUUGUAUUAUCGCGUUAGCGAAGCUUUUCCUGGCCGACGGUACCGAGGUCAAAGCGGAAAAUGGUUCCAGUGAUCGUGCUCUCAGCAAGCUCUCUGUCAGCCAGAGCUGCGCCUUGGUUCAAGCGUUGAGCAAUGCCGAGCAGCGGGAAUCGAUGGUCAAGGACAAGAUCGUCGCUCUUCAGGACGUUUUCGAAAAAAUCGGCAAGGCCACCGAAAACUCGUGGCAGUCUAUCAUCGACGAGGAGCGACUUCUCAACAAGAUCCAAGCCCUCGAGGCUCAAUUGGCUGCGACGGCAGAGAACAACAACAGUGCCGAAAUCAAACGUCUCAUCAAUGAGAAGGAAGUGUACGAGAAAUUAGCAAAAGAGUCACUUAGCAAAGUUUUACAGGAAAAGUUGACUGCCUUGCGAAAAGUCGACGAAUUGCAGUUCCUAUUGAAAACCACUCAAGAUAACGUGUACAAAGCACAGGAGACUAACCAGCUCCUGUCGACGCAAGUCAAAGACCUAGCUGAGAAAGUAGACUCCAUGACAGAAGAAGCCAGUAGUCUCACCGAGACUCACUCGCAGGAGAAAGCUGCGCUUUCUCUAGAGAUAUCGGAUCUCCAGAAGGAACUCCAGACCCUGCAGCAUAACGUCUCGACGUUGGAGGAGGAGCUGGAGAAAGCGCGUCGGAAACACGAAUCUCCGAUCAGCGAAAAGGGUCUCAUAAUCGAGAAUGCCGUGAGCGAGGCCGAGGACAAAAUAUCCCUUGAUUCCUCGCAGGGCGAGACGAAAAGCAACAAGGAAGAGGUCAUCCGACUCGAGGAAAUCGUCAACCAGCUCAAAGACAAUCAGACGAAGCUCGAGAGUGAGAAGGAGGAAUUACUCGACAACAUGUCCGACUAUAAGAGGACGUUGGACAGGGUGCAAAGCGAUCUCGACGGGAAGAAGGAGUUAUCGAUUCAGUUGCAGAUGUUCCAAAGAGAAAACGCUCGCCUCGAGGUAGAGCUCACCAAAGCUAAAGCCGCUCCCAGCCAGCAGCUCGAAGAUCUGAAGCGAGAGAAUUUCCUGCUAAGAGAGAAGCUCGCCGACGCAACUUCGCCAUCGCUCCGUCAGCGUCGAUCGAGCCCAGACGCCGAGAAACUGAAACAGAUCCGCAGUUUGCAGAUAGAGCUUAGCGAUGUGAAAGAACGUUUUCAGAAGUGCCAAGAUGAGAAACUCGAGAUGCGACGCGAGUUCGACGAUCUGGCUAAGGAGUACAACGGCUUCGCUCGACAACUCAGCACUGCGUGUCGAAAUUCGAUGAUUCCGUUGUUCUUGAUCAUUGUCGCGGCUAUUCUAGUUAGCAGACCUUUCAGCGAAGUUUUUGGUAGAUCACCGUGAAUGACUGUCGUCGGCGGAUCGGGAAUGACUAUCCAAACUGUCUCAGUGCCUAACUUACUUUCGGUCAUAUCUCAAAGAUACUUAUCCGAAGGGGUGAAUUCAAGCAUCGUUCCGAAGUGCUGGCGAGCUGUCAUUAGCCGACGCGACCCCAACGGCCGGGGAGGAAGCAACUUGUGACAGCUCGAAAAUAACUUUGCCAAACUUAGCAAGAUCUAAGUCUUGCAGAAGUUAUCGAAUGAACUUCUGUUGCCCCUCCUCGCUUGGUUCUCGCUCGCUGGUUCGAGUAAAUUGGGAGUAGUACACCGAUACUUUGUGCCAAAGACUACCUGCGGUAUUUCAUCGGGAAACUGAUCUAUCGCAUCCGAAAGUAUUUUUUCUGGCGGCUUCCUAUUCCUCCCAGUCUCGCAUAGAGUAUGAGACGAUGUAGAUAUUCGAGAGCGAGGUAGUUUCGCUCCAAUCGUGCAGUUUGAGUGAGGACUCACCCAUACCUCACUGGCCACCUAGAGCCUCCGUUCAUCGAUUCGGUGCGUGCCCGUCGCGUCGGGACGAAUUACCGACUUCUUGUCGCAGCGAGUCGGCCGGUGGCGCGUGAAGGGGAUUUCACAGAGAGUGUACAGUUUUAUUCAUAAGGUAACGAACGGAGAUAGUGAAAUAUUCUGUUAACGUCUGUUAAAAUAAAUUAAGGAAUUUACAU